GGCAGGAUAAGCGGCCUCUGCCUCCUCCAGAGGCUGCGGCUGCAUCCUGGUGUCCUCGUCCUGGAGCGCUCCUCGGCAGAGCAGUCAGCGGGACCAGCCUGGGGAGGUUUUUGGGUACUGAUGGAUGCUCUGCAGAUCUGAAAACCGAGCCCUGAGCUUGCAGCAGCCAACGGCCCGGCAGAGACCUCCCCAGUGCCCCCGCCGGCCGACCCACCCGGGGCCCCCAUGGAGUGGGAGCUGCGGAGCCCAGUCGCCGAGCAGUAGCCGCAGCAGUGGGAUGUUUACCUGGAGGUGCCUCAUCCUUUGGGCUGUGCUGGUCACAGCCACGCUGUCUGCUGCCAGGCCGGCCCCCACCCUGCCCGACCAAGUUCUGCCCAAAGCGAAAAUCGAAGUGGAGUCCUACUCGGCCCACCCCGGGGACCUCCUCCAGCUGCGCUGCCGGCUGCGGGAUGACGUCCAGAGCAUCAACUGGGUGCGAGACGGCGUCCAGCUGGCCGAGAACAACCGGACGCGCAUUACCGGGGAGGAGGUAGAGGUCAGGGACGCUGUGCCCGAGGACUCCGGGCUCUAUGCCUGCAUGACCAACAGCCCCUCGGGGAGCGAGACCACCUACUUCUCCGUGAACGUCUCAGACGCGCUCCCCUCUGCGGAGGAUGAUGACGACGAAGACGAUUCCUCCUCAGAGGAGAAGGAGGCCGAUAACACCAAGCAGAACCAGGCCGUAGCUCCCUACUGGACCUAUCCCGAGAAGAUGGAGAAGAAGCUCCACGCGGUCCCCGCCGCCAAGACGGUGAAAUUCAAGUGCCCGUCGGGCGGGACGCCCAACCCGACGCUGCGCUGGCUGAAGAAUGGCAAGGAGUUCAAGCCCGACCACCGCAUCGGGGGAUACAAGGUCCGCUACGCAACCUGGAGCAUCAUCAUGGACUCGGUGGUGCCGUCCGAUAAGGGCAACUACACGUGCAUCGUGGAGAACAAAUACGGGAGCAUCAACCACACCUACCAGCUGGAUGUCGUGGAGCGCUCCCCGCACCGGCCCAUCCUGCAGGCAGGGCUCCCUGCCAACAAGACGGUGGCCCUGGGCAGCAACGUGGAGUUUGUCUGCAAGGUGUACAGCGACCCCCAGCCCCACAUCCAGUGGCUGAAGCACAUCGAGGUGAACGGCAGCAAGAUCGGCCCCGACAACUUGCCCUACGUGCAGAUCCUGAAGACGGCUGGCGUUAACACGACAGACAAAGAAAUGGAAGUCCUUCACUUAAGGAAUGUCUCUUUUGAGGAUGCUGGGGAGUAUACAUGUUUGGCGGGUAAUUCUAUUGGGAUCUCCCAUCACUCUGCAUGGUUGACAGUUCUCGAAGCUAUUGAGGACACGCCGGCCAUGAUGACGUCCCCCCUCUACCUGGAGAUCAUCAUCUACUGCACGGGCGCCUUCCUCAUCUCCUGCAUGGUGGUGACCGUCAUCAUCUACAAGAUGAAGAGCACCACCAAGAAGACGGACUUCAACAGCCAGCUGGCCGUGCACAAGCUGGCCAAGAGCAUCCCGCUGCGCAGACAGGUAACAGUGUCGGCCGACUCCAGCUCCUCCAUGAACUCGGGCGUGAUGCUGGUGCGGCCCUCGCGGCUCUCCUCCAGUGGCACCCCCAUGCUGGCCGGCGUCUCCGAGUACGAGCUCCCCGAGGACCCGCGCUGGGAGCUGCCCCGGGACAGGCUGAUCCUGGGCAAGCCCCUGGGAGAAGGGUGCUUCGGGCAGGUGGUGCUGGCGGAGGCCAUCGGCCUCGACAAGGACAAGCCAAACCGCGUCACCAAAGUGGCCGUGAAGAUGCUCAAGUCCGACGCCACGGAGAAGGAUUUGUCCGACCUCAUCUCCGAGAUGGAGAUGAUGAAGAUGAUCGGCAAGCACAAGAACAUCAUCAACCUGCUGGGGGCCUGCACGCAGGACGGCCCCCUCUACGUCAUCGUGGAGUACGCGAGCAAGGGCAACCUGCGCGAGUACCUGCAGGCGCGGCGCCCCCCCGGCAUGGAGUACUGCUACAACCCUGCCCGCGUCCCCGAGGAGCAGCUCUCCUUCAAGGACCUGGUGUCCUGCGCCUACCAGGUGGCGCGGGGCAUGGAGUACCUGGCCUCCAAGAAGUGCAUCCACAGGGACCUGGCGGCCAGGAACGUCCUGGUGACCGAGGACAACGUGAUGAAGAUCGCCGACUUCGGGCUGGCCCGUGACAUCCACCACAUAGAUUACUACAAGAAGACGACAAAUGGUCGCCUGCCAGUGAAGUGGAUGGCCCCAGAGGCCCUGUUCGACCGAAUAUACACUCAUCAGAGUGAUGUGUGGUCCUUCGGCGUGCUGCUCUGGGAGAUCUUCACGCUGGGCGGCUCGCCGUACCCCGGCGUGCCGGUGGAGGAGCUCUUCAAGCUGCUGAAGGAAGGCCACAGGAUGGACAAGCCCAGCAAUUGCACCAACGAGCUGUACAUGAUGAUGCGAGACUGCUGGCACGCCGUCCCCUCGCAGCGCCCCACCUUCAAGCAGCUGGUGGAGGACCUGGACAGGAUCGUGGCCAUGACCUCCAACCAGGAGUACCUGGACCUCUCGGUGCCGCUGGACCAGUACUCGCCCGGCUUCCCGGACACCCGCAGCUCCACUUGCUCCUCGGGGGAGGACUCUGUGUUUUCUCACGACCCUCUGCCGGACGAGCCGUGCCUUCCCAAGUACCCCCCCCAGCACACCAACGGCGGACUGAAGCGACACUGAGGCUGGCACGGCCAGCGAGGGACCGGACGCCCGCCCGUGCCGCGGUGCCGGGGGGGUGCUGCCGCGCAGCCCGGCCGUGCCGAGCUGCGUGAGGGCCUCGGAGACACGGCCACAGCAUCCCGGCACCAGAACCACCCACGUCUCGUGCCAGCUUCUCCUGCCGCCUCCGUUGUGAACUCUGCAGCCCAAAGGCUUCGCUUGGUGUUCCGGGUGUCGGUCGUUUUCUUUCUUUCAAACUCUUCCAUGAGGUCUGCGCUCGAAUCUCUCCACUUGGUUAAGCCUAAACCCUCCCCCGGAGCCCUGCUGGGGAGCAGCCGCCCCUCCUGGGAUGAGAAUUCCCAGGGGAAAUGGGGAGCCGGGCGCGCGCCGCCUGAGAUCCCGACCAUGCGGAUGGCGCAGGGGUCCCCGCGGCACGGACCUCGCGGUGCGCGGCGCUGUAAGGCCGGCCCGCCAGCCCACCGCGGCCGGUACCAACGUGCUUCGCUGACCAAACCCCUGGGACCUCGGAAGGGAGACGCAACGCGUGCAUCUGCUCAGCACCGGCAGCAGGGGCAGCCAACAGCCAGUGCUGAAAACAAAAGUCCUGUGUACAUAGCUAAAAAUAUGUAUAAAUAUGAAUAUAUAUUUACAUGUCUUUUUAAAAGGGUUGUUACCAGAGAUAUACCAGUUUGGUAGUAAGGUACUAGUGGCUGGUAGAUAUCAGUUGCUAUAAAAAAAAA